CUCAGUAUUAUUUAAGGGCUUUCUGCAACUCCCUCUCUUAGAAUCAUCUCUGCUCCGUCUUACUAGAGACCUUUCAUUCAGAAAGACGCUGAGACUUUUAAGGAGGCAGCAGGGGAAUCCUAUUUUAAAAAAAUGUUUUCUUUUGUGAUCCUGUUUUUUGCUCUCUGCUCUUUCUCAUUUACUCAGAAUCAGGAUGAUUAUGACGACCUCUUUUUCCUGAAUUUUGACAAUGAAGUAGAAAGUGUAAUUCCUGCAACAGAAGAAACUAUUUCAUGCGACUGUCAGCGAGAACACACAGAAUGGGACAAACUCUUCAUUAUGUUGGAGAACUCCCAGAUGAAAGAGAACAUGCUCCUACAGUCCCUCGAUGAAAUCCUUAAGGUGGAGCUGCAGACGCUGCGAGGGGAAAUGCUCCAGUUUGUGGAAAACUUUGCUGGGACAUGCACCACCUACAUUGAGAAGGCAACCUCCCGGAUCUCGAGCCAAAUGGACCAGAGGCUGGGAAAGGACAAUGCAGACGCUGAGGACCUUUUGGGGAUGCUUCAGGAGUCCAAGCAAGAAAAGAUCCUCAGAGAGAUUCUGCAGCUGAGCCAAAACGUGUCCCACAGACUCAGCCACUUGGAGCAUGCUUGGCAGAGGAGAGUCGAAAUGGAUGCUCAGCAGAGGGGCUUGUUGCAGAAAGAUAGAGUGAGCAACCUGGCAAGUGGGGAUGAUUUCAUUCUGAAGUCACUGUGGCAAGAGCUGCAGGAAACAAAAGCUGAGCUGAAAGAAUCCCAGAAAAGGACCACACAACACUUGUUGCCAGUUGGUUGUGAGACGGCCCUUUUAUUCCCAAUGCGUUCCAAAAAGAUCUUUGUGAGUGUUCAUCCAACUGCUGAAAUGAUGCUCUACUCCUUUGCUGCCUGCAUAUGGGUUAAAGUGACUGAAAUGCUGGACAAAACUAUUGUGUUCUCAUACGGAACAAAGAGAAACCCCUAUGAAAUCCAGCUUUACCUGAGCUAUGAUUCUGUUGUUCUUGCUAUAAGUAAUAAUCUCAACAAGAUAAUUGCCCCAAAUGUCAUCUCUUCUGGAGAGUGGACUCACCUCUGUGGCAUCUGGAGCACAGUUAAUGGAAGUACAUCAUUGUGGAAAAAUGGAAAGGUUGUGGCAGCAUCCUCAGAAAUAGCUGAGGACUACAUCAUUCCAGAUGGUGGGAUUUUGCAGAUUGGCCAAGAAAAGAAUGGCUGCUGUGUUGGAGGUGGUUUCAAUGAAUCUUUAGCUUUUUCUGGAAAAAUAACUGGCUUUAAUGUUUGGAACAGAGUCCUCAGUGACAAAGAGAUAACAAGACAAGCGGGAGAAGAAUCAUGUAACAGCCGUGGCAACAUUGUUGGGUGGGGAGUCACAGAGGUUCUGCCUCAUGGAGGAGCUCAGUAUGUCUUUGGGCCCUGAAUGAAUGCUGUACAAAACUAUAUAGAAACUUAUUGAACACAAAGAAUCUAGCAAACCUGACUAUUUAAUUUUUUAAAGGCUGCUCACAUAAUACAGCUUCCACAGAGAAAUCUCAGUAGAAAAGCAGUGGGAUAAAGAGAAUUGCCUAAUUCUUGAGGUACCACUUAGUCUUAGUUUACACAGGAACCUGUGAAUGAGGCACCACAUGGAAAGAUGCCUUCAGGUGACUGUAGGAGUCACACCAUGUCACUCCAGUUUCCAUGUUCAUCUAAGUCCAAAAAGGAGAAAGGUGCUGCCAGAGGGAGGGAACGUAGGCAAGCAGCUUUGGGAGCAGAUUGGAAGAUAGUUCUUCACAAGAGGCUGCAGCUGCUUUCAGAACAAGUAGCUGCUAAAUCAUCAGGAGGCAUUCUCACUCCACAAAGCCUCAUUCACAGGAGUACAUAAACAGCUGUCACAGGGAGCAAUGUCUUCCAUGUGGCAACAUUACACCUACAUCUGCUCUUAAAUAUAUCUCAUGAGAAGUUAGUACUGUAAACAUGCCACUCUAAAGUGAGGUAUGGAUACAACAUGGUCUUAGCAAAUAUAGUUAAAACAUAAUCAAAAGGAGAUUUCGAACAUACAGAAGAAUUAUAUUGGGAAACUAUUCUUAAUGCAGAGGUUGCUCUCACUAUAGGUGGGAUCCAAUGCCAUGCGAGCGGAAGGCCACUC